AGUCUCAACCAAAAUUCAUCUACAGAUUCAUUGAUUUCUCUAGCACAAUUAUUCGAUAAAGUGGAUGAUGCUGAAUAUGGUGCAAUUCGUGCUAAUCAGGAAGAGGUUUUGUACUGGUAUUAUUAUGGAAAAGAAUUUUUAACCCAGAUUUCAGCUGGGGGCCCCGGCCAAAAUUCAGCUGAGGUAAGCAAAUUAAUCGCACCUAUUCCUAUUACACAUGGCUCUAAUUCUUUAGGUAAUUCAUCAUUCACGCCUCAAAUCGCUCCAGCUGAG